AUGAAAAGGCAAAAUCAAAGCUCUGUGGUUGAGUUCAUCCUCCUUGGCUUUUCUAACUUUCCAGAACUCCAACAGCAGCUCUUUGGGAUUUUCUUGAUUAUUUAUCUGGUGACCCUGACAGGAAAUGCCAUCAUUAUAGUCAUCAUCUCCCUGGAACAGAGCCUCCACGUUCCCAUGUAUCUGUUUCUCCUGAACUUGUCUGUGGUUGAUGUGAGUAUCAGCGCGGUCAUUAUGCCUGAAAUGCUGGUGGUCCUCGCCACUGAAAAAACUUCAAUUUCAUUUGUGAGCUGUUUUGCACAGAUGUAUUUUGUUCUUUUUUUUGGUGGAACUGAAUGUUUUCUCCUGGGGGCAAUGGCUUAUGACCGAUUUGCUGCAAUCUGCUGUCCUCUGAGCUACCCAGUGAUUAUGAACAAAAAGGUUUUCAUGAAAUUGGUUAUAUGCUCAUGGGGCUUAGGUUUCACAUUAGGUACUGUGCAAACAUCAUGGGUGUCUAGUUUUCCCUUUUGUGGCCCCAAUGAAAUUAAUCAUAUCUCUUGUGAAACCCCUGCAGUGCUAGAGCUUGCCUGUGCAGACACCUUUAUGUUUGAAAUCUACGCAUUCACUGGCACCGUUUUGAUUAUCAUGGUUCCUUUCUUAUUGAUACUCUUGUCUUACACUCAAAUCCUCUUUGCCAUCCUGAAGAUGAAAUCAACCACUGGGAGGCAAAAAGCCUUUUCCACCUGUGCCUCCCAUCUCACCUCUGUCACCCUCUUCUAUGGCACGGCCAGUAUGACUUACUUACAACCCAAAUCUGGCUACUCCCCAGAAACCAAGAAGCUGAUGUCAUUGUCUUACUCACUUCUCACACCUCUGCUGAAUCCACUGAUCUACAGUUUGCGAAACAGUGAGAUGAAAAGAGCUUUGGUGAAAUUAUGGCGAAGAAAAGUGGAUUUACACACACUCUGACUGUGCUGAGAAGCCGUG